GGACGAGACAAUGCCCAAAAUCCUCUGCCUCCACGGGCACGGCACCAGCGGCUCAAUCUUCAAAUCCCAAACCGGUACCCUCCAUCACACCAUCCCCCCAGCACAUCUCAAUCUAACCAACUCCCAACAGCAGCAUUCCGCUCCAAACUCCCCCCUUCCUACACCUUCGACUUCGUCUCCGCCCCGCACCCCAGCGCCCCGGCCCCGGGCAUAAAAGCCAUCUACAGCGAUUCCCCAACAUACACAUGGUACCGCGAGCCCACGCCCGCCGGGCUGCGAGAGGCACAUAACUGGGUCCGAGAAUACGUGAAGAGGAAUGGACCGUAUGAUGCAGUUAUGGGGUUCUCGCAGGGCUGUUCGCUUGUUGCGACGAUGGCGCUUUAUUACGCUUUUGAUGGCCAUGACGACCAGGAUGGGGAGGGAUUCCCCUUCCGUGCAGCGGUGUUUAUAUGUGGCGGGGUGCCGCUCUAUGCACUCAGGGAUAUGGGCCUGGAUAUAUCCGACCGCGCGGAGGAAAUCAAUAAAGAAACGGGGGUAUUGCUAAACGGUACAGCGGGGAAGCUGAGUACAUUUGCCGCGGACACGACGCUGGUAAAGCGCGGGGUUGGACUAUGGGAUGGGAAUGGGGAUGCUCUUAUCCAUGACCCGGACCCCGGGAAUCGGCCGGGGAGGGAGGAUGUCUUUGGGCUUGAUUUUACGGGGUUUCCUGACUGGGCGAGGAUUGGGAUACCUACUGUGCAUGUUUAUGGGUGUAAGGAUCCGAGAUGGCCUGCCGGGAUUCAGUUGGCGGAGUUUUGCCCCGAUCGGGUGGAGUUUGACCAUGGGGGUGGACAUGAUAUUCCACGGUUGUCGGGGGUUUCGGAGAGGAUUGCGGAGUUAAAUUAUACAGAUCCCGAGCUACGUGAAGAGGUCAAGAACGAAGUCCAACAGGGCGACAAAGGUGGAAAGCCGGGUCAGUGGUCUGCACGAAAGGCGCAACUUACGGCCUCGGAGUACAAGGCCCGCGGGGGUGACUAUACUACAUCAAAAGAGGAGAAGAGGCCGGAGCAGCAGAAUCUUGAUAAGUGGACUGGUGAGGAGUGGCAAACCAAAGAAGGCUCUGGAACGGCAAGACAGGACGAUGGAACUCGCAAGCGGUAUUUGCCUAAGAAGGCGUGGGAGGAGUUAGACGAGGGCGAGAAGGAAGAAACGGAGGAGAAGAAAGUGGAGGGUUCGAAGAAGGGGAAGCAGUUUGUGGGCAAUACAGCGGCGGCAAAGAGGAAGAGGAAGGACGUUAGCAAGGAUAAGGAAGAUGAUCAAGAGGCAGAGGAUGAUGCAGAGGAUGAGAGUGAUGAAGAGGCAGUAGAUGACGCUAUACUUGAUCAGGAGGAGGAAGAAGAGGAGGAAGAAGAAGAAGAGGAAGAAGAGGAGGAGGAGGAUGAGAGAGAAGAGGAAGACCGUCAAGAAGACGAAGAGAUUGAAGAGGAUGAAGGGGAUGAAGAUCAGGAAUUAGGAGACUCAGUUGACACUCCAGAGGGCGAACAACCAGACAAAAAGCGCCGCAGAAAAGACUGA